AUGUCUGAAAUUUCAAAUGAAGAAUCUCUUGAAGACAUUGCAUCUUUACUUGAUAUUUCAUUUGCAAAUGAAAUGCUUCGAAGGGAAAUAGAACUUCAAUCACUUGCAAAUGGUGAAGAAAACUCAGUAAAUUUAAAUACAAUAGCAAAUCCGUUUGUAAUGGAUUUACUGGACAAACUUGAUCGCCAUGAAAAGAAUUUACUAAAAGAAAUCGAUCAGAUAGUUCUUGAACGAGCAAAACCAGAAGGAAUUAAAAAAAUAUAUUCAACAACACCUCAAAAUCGCAAAAUUAUAUUACGAUCAAUCCUUGUUUCUAAUUUAAUUAAUGAUCUUGAGCAACAAAAAGAAAAAUUAAUCAAGGAAAACAAAGAAUUACUCGAUUUUGUUCAAAUGUGUCAAUAA